GAAUCAGUUCUCUAAGCAGUAUUUCUCUCGGUUAUUUUUCGCUGUGAUGGCUUCGAAACGGAUAUUGAAGGAACUCAAGGAUCUUCAGAAGGAUCCUCCCACCUCUUGCAGCGCCGGCCCCGUUGGAGAGGACAUGUUUCACUGGCAGGCCACAAUUAUGGGUCCCCCAGACAGUCCUUAUACUGGCGGUGUAUUUUUAGUUACGAUCCAUUUUCCUCCUGACUAUCCAUUCAAGCCUCCUAAGGUUGCUUUUAGGACAAAAGUUUUCCAUCCAAAUAUUAACAGUAAUGGCAGUAUAUGCCUCGACAUAUUGAAGGAGCAGUGGAGCCCUGCCUUAACUAUCUCUAAGGUUUUGCUUUCAAUUUGCUCACUUUUGACGGACCCAAACCCUGAUGACCCCCUGGUGCCAGAGAUUGCUCACAUGUACAAGACAGACAGGGCCAAAUACGAAUCAACUGCCCGGGUUUGGACCCAGAAGUAUGCUAUGGGUUAAGAUAUUAUAUUACAUGUAAGGGUCUUAAUCCUUGUAAAAUGAAUUCAUUUGUCUGUUGUCUCUACUUUCCCAAUCAACAAGUGUAGAAUAGCAUUAAACAUUGACCUCUCCAAGAAAAUGGAGAUGCUUUGAAUAUUCUUGUAUGGAUACAAACAUUUGAAGAAAUCUGGGAUAUGUUAUUUAUCUGGAUCAAGGUUGCAGCUUUGCUUUCAAUGGUUUGUAUAAAACUUUUAACAUUUAUUCAUAUUUAAUUUCCAA